AUAUGUAUAUCAAACUGGAUAGUUGAGCAGAGAUAAACAUGCUUCCCAAUUUUCAUUCAAAAUGUCACGUAAAGUUCAUGUCAAAUAGUAAUUACUCUAAUAGUGAUUUAAUGGCCAGAAUCAAGAGGAAGCUUUGCUUUAAAAUAAAAAUACCUAUAUUGUUAGUGUUACUGUUAUUCAUUUUGUUGUGUGUACACUACAUGAAACCUGUCAAAUGUUCACUAGACAAGGAUAAUGAGAAGAACAAGCCAAAAUAUGAAUUACUCAUUGUUAUAUUGACAGCACCUGAUAACAUGGAACGUAGAAAUAUUAUAAGAAGGACUUGGAUGUCAGAAAAGUAUAGCUAUGUGAAAUAUUUCUUUGCCAUAGGCACUGUAAAUAUACAGCAAGCACUUCACGAGACACUUCAGUCAGAAAAUCAUAAGCACAAAGAUCUCCUUCUGCUACCUACAUUAAGGGAUUCCUAUAACACAAUCACUAAGAAAGUGUUAUACUCCUUUAAGCAACUCACAGAGGACUAUGACUUUGACUUUUUGUUAAAGUGCGAUGAUGAUUCUUACGUGGUAAUAGAAUCUCUUUUGAAAGAAUUAAGUAAAUGGCAAAGCAGAGGAACUCAAAAAGAAUUAUAUUGGGGCUAUUUUAAUGGAAGGGCUCAAGUGAAAAGGCAUGGACCUUGGAAAGAGACUAACUGGAUACUAUGUGACUAUUAUUUGCCAUAUGCACUUGGAGGUGGAUAUGUUUUAUCCUCUAAUCUAGUCAAAUUCAUAAGUAGAAACUGGGAGGUUUUAAAGAUAUACAGCGCGGAAGAUGUAUCAGUUGGUGUCUGGUUAGCACCCUUAGCUAACAUUGAAAGGAAGCAUGACACAAGAUUUGAUACGGAAUAUCAAUCCCGUGGAUGCUCCAAUGAUUAUAUAAUUACUCACAAGCAGAGCAUUCAGAAGAUGCAAUACAUGCACGAGCUAUCUGCCAUAACACGAAAAUUAUGCUCAAAGGAACUAAUAAUUCAUAAGAGUUACCAAUAUAAUUGGACAGUUCCACCUAGUCAAUGUUGUAAUCGAGAACAGGAUGUUUCUCCGAAAGGGUCCUAGUAGGUGAUGUAAUGAGGAAUUCUGUUUUCUAAGUCUAAUGAACUGAGAUAAUGAAAAUGUUCAUAACAAUAUUUAUAUAAGACUGAUUAUUUUGAAUAUAUAUCUAGUUUCCAAUAACUGUACAUGAAAUAUGAUCAUAACAUUUGCCGAUCAUAUAAGCGAAGUUUCGAAUUGACAUUUUCCUUACUUAAAGUGUGCCUCAAUAGGGUUACUAAAAUAUUAUAGAUAUAAAAGCGAAUAAUCUUUCAUGUAAAUCUUCAAAUUCCAAAUUUUAGCGUUCAUUUACGUUAUAAUGUAUUAUUUUUAAUAACAAAAAUAUAGAUCAUUUAUGUUAUGUAUUUUGGUACAAGAAAUCGAUUCACGCAAGAAUCAAUGUCUACUGUGUAUCAUUAUUUAAAAGAGCGGUAUAAUAAAACGAGUGAUAUUAAGAAA